UACCUACAGUGUACAGUAACGUAAUGCAUAUGAUUAAAAUAUGUUUUAAAUUACAACCUGUGUGAUCUCGUUCGAGAAAUAAUUAGUAUUGUACUCGGAGCAGUUUGUGUCGUUAAUUGCAGUAGAAGGUCGUAGGUGGGGAUAAUAAUAAUUUAUUGUCAGUCCGAUUAUUAUUCAUUUCCACGAAGAUAGUCUCGUUGAAUGGUUUAGUGACAGUGCGAACAAAAAAUCAAAAUGAGUGUAACAUUAUCCGAAGAAAAAAAUGACCUAGUUAAAGCCAUAGCCAAAAGCCAAGGUUUCGAUGAUUACACAGUGAAUAUUACAUCAGGAUCAAUGAAAGGAGAUGGUUAUUUAGGUAUAAUUUAUACGGUCUAUAUUCAAGAUAAACGUAAAAUCAGCAAACAUUUACACCUGAUCAUGAAAUCAGCUUUGACAGAAGAAACACUAAGAGAAAACAGCCCAAUUAAGAAAGCAUACGACAGGGAAAUUUAUUUGUACAACGUCGUGUUUCCUGCAUUCGAUUUAUUGUCUCACGAAGUUGGAAUUACGAACAGAUUUUGUGAAACAGCCAAAUACUACGGAAGCUUGUCGGUAGAUAAAGAAGAGUGUAUUGUUUUAGAAAACCUCAAAGAAAUGAAUUUUAAACUGUGGAAUCGCAAACUGGCAAUGGAUGAAAAUCAUGUCGCUCUCGUAUUUAAAACAUACGCCAAGUUCCACGGAACAGGGUUGGCGUUAAAACUUUUGAAACCCGAAAAAUAUGAAGAAUUAUGCAAGAAUUUAAAGAACAUUUUUCGAAAAGAUGAAGAAAAUGAAGAGGAUGCGAAACAAUUUCAAGAAAACAUGAAAUUCGUUUUUGGUAAUGGAUUCAGAGCGGUGGCAAACGACGAAAAAGCUACGCAGGGAUUAACAAAAUUUGCUCAAGGAUGUAAGCAAUUUUUUAUGGAAGAUCUCCAGAAAGCUGAAUAUUCCACUAUUUUACACGGUGACUGCUGGUGUAACAACAUGAUGUUUAAGUAUAAUAAUCUUGAAGAUUCCUCAAGGCCAAGUGAAAUGUGUCUCCUAGAUUGGCAAAUCUCUCAAACUGGUUCUCCAGUUCUGGAUUUGUCAUACUUUUUUUAUGCCUGUAGUGCGAAAAACGUUCUCUACAAACUCAAAGAUUUUUUGACAAUUUAUCACCAAAAUCUUUCUAAAACUCUUGAAGAAGCAGGAGUGAACCCAAAUGAUAUACCCACGUAUGAAGGAUUAGAAGAUCAGUGGAAAUUCUAUUCUAAACACGGUUUAUUUAUGACACUUUUUGUGAUGAAAGUUAUUUUAAGUGAAGUCGAAGAAGCUCCUGACCUGAGUGAAUUAGCAAAAUCGGGAAAAAAUUUAAUUGAAUCUAUAUCCGGGACAGAAUCAAAAAAUAUGGAAGCAAUUAAUAAAAGACUUGCUGAUGUAAUAGUAUUUAUGAACGAACAGGAUUAUUUAUAAAGUACAAAGUACAAACUUUAUCAUUAGAGAAAUCAUGACGUGCAAAAUCUUUAUUAAGUUUCAUAGAAUAAAUUUCGUGCAAAUAUGUUAUGUACGACAUGUAGACAUAAUAUCAAAGGUUACAUUAAUGUGCUCAGUAUUUUAUCUAAAUAGUUUCGUAUUAUUUUUAAAUUAUUUUGAAGGAACAUAUUAAGCGUUGGUUAUUGUAGUAAAG